GAACUGUAGGGGGUGUGGCAUGCAUCAAAAUUAAACAAUGACCUGACGAAGCUUAUAAAAUAACUUGGGGGAAGCCAGUCACCAAGACAAGGCAUCUCAAGUUGGAUGACAUUGCAUGUGGAAACUGUCUUUAUCUUGAUAAAAAAGGUUCUGUCUGCAGCCACCCAGCCCCACGAUGGUGCCCGUGCUGCUGCUGCUCUCGGUGCUGGCUGGCCUCUUCGGUGCGGCACAGGGACAAGCAUUCCAUCUUGGCAGGUGCCCAGCUCCUCCAGUGCAGGAGGAUUUUGACGUGAACAAGUAUCUUGGAAGAUGGUAUGAAAUUGAGAAGAUCCCAGUGAGCUUUGAAAAGGGAAGUUGCAUCCAAGCCAACUACUCCCUAAUGGAAAACGGAAACAUCAAAGUGAUAAACCAGGAGAUGAGACCUGAUGGUACUGUGAAUCAAAUUGAAGGUGAAGCCAGCCAGGACAACCUCACAGAGCCUGCCAAGCUGGGAGUUAAGUUUUUCUGGUUGAUGCCAUCAUCUCCAUACUGGGUCCUUGCCACUGACUAUGAGAACUACGCCCUCGUGUACUCCUGUACUACAAUCGUCUGGCUUUUUCACAUGGAUCACGUUUGGAUCUUGGGAAGAAACCCUUAUCUCCCUCCAGAAACAGUGACCUAUCUCAAAGAUAUCCUGACCUCUAAUAACAUUGAUAUUGAGAAAAUGACUAUCACAGAUCAGGUAAACUGCCCCGAGUUUCUGUAAUGAGGCUCUAAAGGGAGGCUGCAUUCACUUCUUGUUAUUUCUUUUGCUUUGCUUUUUCCCCAUCCCACCCCACUCCUCAUAAAGACAAACCAACCAAGUAUGAGAAAUCACUGCAAAUACCAGAAGGGAAAUUUGACAGCAGAAGUCAGUAGAGAGAAACUCAAAAACAGUUGGCCAAACACUUAGCCAUGUACCACCCUGUUACCUUGCAAGCCUAAUAAUAAACUUGUUGCUGGCCUGCUGUGUUCACAGUAGAUUCUGAA